AUGAACACACGUAACUUACGGUUGAAAACCAAACUAGAAUGGCAAAGUACACAAUAUCUGUUUAAUCCGAAAAAGAAUCGAUACACCAAUUAUGAUGAAAAUGUUAGAACAUCUUUAGAACAUUAUUGGCAAAUACCAUUAAAUGAAUUUCAAAUCAAACAUUCACCAAGUAAAGUUGUUAUACAACAAUACGCUUACAAGCCUUCUCUCACGGGAACCACCGGCAAAACUUUUCAUACGGAAGAACCCAGUAACCAGUUAUCACAAUUGGCAAUAAAGAAAUUAGCCGAAUUGUAUUCUACGUUAUAUAAAAAACCGGUAGAAUUUAAUAUCAUAUUAUUAAAAUAUCCAUUUUUAAGUAGUAAAAUCUUGGCAGAAUAUUUAUCGAUGCAAACAAAAAAGUAUCGAAUUAGGCAAAUCCGUAGAAAUUUAUUUAAGAAAGUUCCAUUAGUUUCAUUAGCAAAUAGUGCAACUGGAUUAGUUGAUGGUAUGAAAAGCAGGAAUGGAUUAAUCCCCACUUCAUAUCAUUUCCUUUCCCCUCCCCCUCCUCUCCCUUCCGCAACAUCUCUUGAUAAACCUAUUAUAGAUGGUAUCUCAACACAUUAUUUGAAUUGGUCAAAGUUGUUACGCAAUGGGAAUAAUUUUAUACCUACACAUUUAGCGGGCAUUAAAUUACAAAUUAGCGGUAGAAUGAGUUUAAGGAAAGGUGCAGCUAGAAGUGCUGUCGUUACUAAAUCUAUUGGUAGAUUAAGGUUUAAUACGGUCGGUAAGAGUAUGAUUGAUUAUGCGAAGGUUGAAGGUAAAAACAUGAACGGUUCUUAUUGUAUUAAAGUUUGGUUAAGUAGUGCUACCGUGUGA